AUGAUGCCGCUAAGUAAACAUGAGAAUGUCUUUUAUAGACUAACUCAGGAUGAUAAAAAGCUACCAUUAACAUCAUCUAGUUCAGAUCUUCAAAGUACCGUCAUGGGUGUUUCACCGUCAAUUACCUCCUAUAGGGAUGCAUCACCUGGGAUGGAUUCAACAUUUUCAGACUCUUCGGCAAUCGAGAUGAACAAUUCAAUUGUUCAUAGAUGGACGCAUAAUCAAUCAAUUAUUUGCCUGGCUUGCUCAUCAAAGUAUGGUCUUUUAUUUUGCGGUACGCAGGAUUCAUACAUUCUAAUAUUUGAUCUUUAUACGUUUCAGAAGUUGGGGCAAAUUAAGGCUCAUACAGGUUCUGUGUUAUGCUUGCAUCUAGCAAAGUGUCAGACAAUCAUGUUUAGCGGAAGUUCAGAUUCUCUGGUCAAAAUAUGGAAUAUAAAAAUUGUGCAGUCAGGUCGUGCUCAGCGCCAAGUAAUAUUAGAAUUAACUCAUACUAUAUAUUCCCCUGUCGAUAUUGGUGAUAUUUUUUCGAUUGCUUGGAUAGACUCAUCGAAGACAAUUCUCUUUGGUUCUCAAAACGCAUCCAUUUCAUUUGCACAUCUCGGUAAAACAAAACAUGAAGACAAGGCAAAUCUUUCGUCACUUCCUUCGGUUAGAUAUGAUCGCUUUUUUGAUUCAACGAGUAGUGGUAGUAAUGUCUCUGGCUCUACUACACCGAUACCGGAAAGUUCAUCAGAAGAGGGCGAUGAUAGAUGCCAAAUUCUGAUGGCGUCUAAACUGAUUGAGAUUCCAUCAACAAAUAUCAUAUCAUAUGCACAUAAUGGCUAUGUUUACGCGAUGGACACUAUAUGUGAUAUUGAUUCGCAGAAGAGCUUGCUUGGUGGAACCAUUGCUGAAGAAUUUAAUGAUAUAAUUUUGAGUGGAGGGGGGGAUGGCAUGGUUAAAAUCUGGGGUUUUAAGGAGAACAAGAUUACCCUUUUAAGAUCAUUGAAUAACAUGGAACCUGUUCUUAGUAUGCUAACGAAAGAAGAGGAGGAUUGCUGCUCCUUAUACUGUGGAUUGGCAAACGGUGUCGUCAAUCUUUGGGAUUUAUCGACAUUCCAAUUGGUGAGAUCAUUCGAGACUGUGAAAGGUGAUGUAAACUGCUUAUCUCUCUCUGACACCUUUCUUUUUGUAGGUACUCAAGAGGGUAUAUGCAAAAAGCCCGCAGUCAAUGACAAUUGUGUGCGAUGGUUGCCUACAAAUACUGCAUGCCUAGCGUUGUGUCAAUUUAAGCCGGGGGAUGUUUCGUACUUAAUUUCGGCUUCGAUGGAUAACACGGUGACACUUUGGAAUGUAAAUAUGAUUACAAAAUCUUGUACCCUUGCAAAGAGUGAUAAAAGUGAUGUUUCGACGACGGAGAUGAUUGAAGUUUUAAAAAAGAUGGUGUCUUUUCCAACUGUCUCAAAACAGCCAGAAAAAUAUAUGGAACAAUCACGAAAAUGCGCUAGUUUCAUUCGCUUACUAUUGAAGAAGCUUGGUGCUGUAUCAUCUGUAUUACUUCCGGUUCCUAAUGCAAAUCCUGUCAUUCUUGCAACAUUUAAGGCCAACGGCAGCAAGCCAUCCAACUCUAACAAAGUUCCGAGAAUUUUAUGGUAUGGCCACUAUGACGUGAUAGAGGCUGAUCAUAUUGAAUCAUGGGACUCAAAUCCAUGGGAAAUUACUCCUACAAACGGCUACCUGUAUGGUAGGGGCGUCAGUGAUAAUAAAGGUCCACUAUUAUCCGCAAUUUAUGCUGUUGCCGACCUUUACAAGUCCAAAAACUUGCAAUGCGAUGCGAUAUUCUUAAUUGAAGGAGAAGAAGAAGCAGGAUCCUAUGGCUUUCAAGACAUAGUCACGGCUAAUAAGGCCACUAUUGGUGAUAUUGAUUGGGUGAUGCUUAGUAAUUCAUAUUGGCUCGAUGAUAAUGUUCCAUGUUUAAACUAUGGUUUACGAGGUGUUGUGGCAGCGAACGUGGAAGUAUGGUCUGAUAAGCCGGAUAGACACUCGGGUGUAGAUGGUGGCGUCUCGAGAGAACCAACCAUUGAUUUGGUUAACGUGUUAUCGAAACUUACGGAUGAUUCCGGAAAGGUGAGAAUUCCAGAAUUUUACAGCACGGUGAAGGAGUUAGGAGAGGAGGAGCGUAGCUUGUAUCAGCAAAUCAUACAGAAGGUGCAAGGUGCGGAAGUUCAUGAGCUUUUGACCAAAUGGAGAAUGCCAUCAUUGACAUUGCAUAAGGUGCAUGUUUCUGGACCUGGAAAUUCCACUGUCAUCCCACAUGCUGCAACUGCUACUCUGUCCGUUAGAAUAGUUCCAACUCAGGAUAUAGAGGAGGUAAAGAAGAGUUUAGUUUCUUUCAUAUUACAAUCUUUCAAAAAUUUACAUACGGAGAAUCAUAUUAAGAUUGAGAUCACACAUGAAGCGGAACCAUGGCUUGCAGAUACAAAAAAUGCAGCAUACAAGAUUUUGUAUAAAAACCUGCAGAAAAUAUGGGGUAUCGAACCAAUAUUCAUUAGAGAGGGUGGAUCUAUUCCUUCAAUCAGAUUCCUGGAGAAGACAUUUGACUGUGAAGCGGCUCAUCUUCCAACAGGCCAAUCUUCUGAUAAUGCACAUUUGAGCAACGAGAGGUUGCGUAUAACUAAUAUGCUAAAAGCAAAGGAGAUACUAGAGGAGACAUUAAAUGAGUUACCGUGUAAAGGGUCCAAUAUUUGA